UGAUAGCAUCUCCUUCUGGCCCUCCAAGAAGACGAACUCUGGUUCUUCAGGGUUUUCACUAUAAGGUAUUAUUAUGGGCAGACUCCUCUCUGGUUAUUCCAUAGUCAAGCGUGCUGCAGAGCUGCUUUUUACAUUUUUAUUGGUGACCCAAGUGGAGACAAGAUGUUGUUGCCUCAUAUACCCAAUACGUUGAGUUCAAACUCUCCCGGCAGCCGCCUCUUGGACCUCUUGGCAAUUUCUCAAGCACCGUGGCAUGAGCUAUCCAGGGGCGUACCUACGAUGGAAGCAGCUUCUACAAGGACCAAAUUCAGGAAGGGGCCCAGGAGGAAGACAAAUGGAUCUAUUUUCAGGGUCCAGGGAGCAGUGUCUCAUCCCACUCAAGCUACCAGAUAUUUUGCUGACUGUCUACACUAUGACUGAGCAGAUAUUAAACCUCACCUUGGAGAUCAUCCAUCUGCUGACUGGAGAGGAUUACAUGGUAGUGAAGAAAUAUAGUGAGUGUGUGACAACCAGCUCCGAUCCCUAUGCGUCACAAGAAUGGACCAAGACCCCAACCUCCAUGAUGGUGCCUCCGCCUAUAUCACUGACACAUCAUAGAGAUAAAGAGCAGAAGAUCCUAGAGAAUGUCAACAAAAUCAUCCAGAUGCUGACCGGAGAGGUCUCUGUAAGGAGUCAGGACAUCACUGUCCAUUUCUCCAUGGAGGAGUGGGAGUAUUUAGAAGGACACAAGGAUCAGUAUGAGGACUUCAUGAUGGAGAAUCACCAGCCCCUCAACCCACAGGAUAUCCAUCUGAAACUCCAGCACGACAAUCGGCUUCCACAUAGUGAACUAGGAUGCCUUAGUGAUGGAGAACACUUCAUUUCCCCAAGUCUACCUUCAUCUGAUCCCACCACUCUCACGAAGCUACUCACUCAAUCACAAAUUGCUAAAGAAAACCCUUGUCCAGAAGAUAAUUCUAGAUGCAUUUCAUGCCAGGUGAUAUACAAGGAAAAGCCAUUUUCAUGUCCAGAAUGUGGGAAACGUUUCAAAUUGAAAAGACAUGCCAUUCAUCAUCUAAAAAGUCACAGUGCGGAGAAGCGGCAUUCAUGUACAGAAUGCGAUAAACAUUUUGCCCACAAAUCCAAUCUUGUCAUUCAUCAAAGGCUCCACACGGGAGAGAAGCCAUAUUUGUGUCCGGAAUGUGGGAAAUGUUUUACAUCCAAUUCAAAACUUGUCAGACACAAGAGAAUGCACACCGGGGAGAGGCCAUACUCAUGUCCAGAAUGCGAGAAAUGUUUUUCUUACAGAUCGCAUGUUGUUCUCCACCAAAGGAUCCACACAGGAGAGAAACCAUUUCAGUGUUUAGAAUGUGGGAAAUGUUUUUUAUCUAAUUCAAAACUUGUCAGACAUCAGAAAACUCACGCGAGAAAGAAAAGGUAGUCAUGUCCAGAAUGUGGGAGAUAUUUUAUCCGGAAACCAGAUCUCAUUGAAUGCCAGAGAAGUCACAUUCUAGAGAAGACAUAGUCAUACAGUAGAUAGUUUAUCCAGAACCCAGAUCUUACUGAUUGCCAGAGAAGUCACAUUUCCGAGAAGCCAUGGUUGUAGAUGGAAAUUAACUCAAAAUUUACCAAAGAAAAGACCCUUAAAAAUCACUAUUUAUUAGAAUCGUUUAAAAGGACCUAGACUAAAAAGCCCCAAUCAGUGGCAAAGUACAUAAUAAAGGAAAAAUACAGAAAGAAAAUGAAAAAGCAAUGGUUGUGGAUGGCAAAAAGAGACAAGGGGAGACAGGUGGGGGAAAUCCUCAAUGGGCAAUUUUUUCCCUAUAAUAGCCCUCUCUCUCCCUUCGCCCAAAGACAACUCCUGAUGGUGGAGCCUCUCCGUCCUCGUGCCUAUCCUGCUUUGCCCUGAUAGGCCCUAAUCAUUGAGGUGUUUUUUUAUUCCCUUUUUUUAACCCAACGCGUUUCCCCCAACUUGGGUUCCUCAGGGGGUUCAUGUGGGAAAAAUACAGAGGCCAAAAGGUUCAAUAAACAAAAGAUAAAUUGUGACCGUCUAUACAAAGAGACUGGCUAUCUUGAUAUACAAUGGGGGAGUCCAGAAGUGUGUAACAUGUGGUCCCAGGUUUUCAGGAUUCAACAACUCCACCUAGAACACAAAAUUCAACUAUGUCAAACAAGAACAUAAGAACGCUGUGGCAACCAAUUAUAGUGCCACAGACCGUUACUUACAUGCAGGGGUCCCCAAUUAUAUAAAGCCCACUCCCAAAGGGUGCCAGGAUGUUGCUCUCACGCCUUCCGCCCGCAGGAACAAACAUUUCCGCGCAACUUCGAGUUCACUGGAACGCAGCGCUGCGGAUCGUGGAACACAUGCUCUGCUUCCAGGUCCAAAGGACAGAGCGCUCUCCUAAAUGUGUAGGACAGAAGUUCAGGAGCCCAUAUUACCGGCACUAACUGCGCUCUCCUCCAGUGUAUAGGGCAGUGGCGCAGGUGCCGACAUUACUGGCAGUAACCUCCUCCUCCAUCCCAUUCCCAAUGUCCUCACCAAAAGAUAGUAGGAGCAAGGCAGAAUGUUCUACGUUAACUCCAUUGAUAUCACCA